AUGAUACACAAGAUGUACUGUGCAACAUUCAAAUUCUUCCAGGUCAGUGCAACAUGCCAGGGAGCAUCCGGUCCAUUUCCGAAUCCGAACAGCUGCAGAAGCUUCCUGCAGUGCGAGCCGUCUGGCGUCGCAACUGUCAUCCCAUGCCCAGCAAACCUCGAGUUCAAUCCAAAUCUGAAGGUGUGUGACUUCCCAGAGAGAGCUGGUUGCUCCUCAUCACCGUCUCCACCAGCUGACGACGACAGUGAAAAUGGUGGGGGAUCAGAUGAUAAUGGAGGCGCUUCACCAGUUCCACCAUCUGGUGACGCCCCCACAUGUCCACCCUGGAAUCCUAAUGACGUCACCCAGCUGCCCAAUCCGAAUGACUGCAGCAGCUUCUACAAGUGUGAUGAGAAUGGCGUUGCUUGGAUCAUUUCAUGCCCAGCCGGUCUCGAAUACAAUGCAGAGCUGAGAGUGUGUGACUAUCCAGAAAAUGCUGGUUGCUCAUCGUCUCCACCAAGCAAACCGUCUGAUGAUAAACCUUCUGAGGGGGGUCAAGAUGACGCAAAUUCUGAUGGAGAUAAUGAGGUAAGCCCGAAUCCACCAGCUGGACAUGCUCCAACUUGUCCAGCAUGGAAUCCAAAUGAUGUCACCCAGCUGCCCAAUCCCAAUGACUGCAGCAGCUUCUACAAAUGCGACGAGAAUGGUGUUGCUUGGCUCAUACCAUGCCCAGCUGGACUCGAGUACAAUGCAAAGUUAAGAGUGUGUGAUUACCCAGAGAGCGCUGGUUGUUCAUCGUCAGCUUCUCCAAGUAACCCAUCUGGUGAUGAUUCCUCUGAUGACAAUCAGAACAAUGGUAACGCUGACACUGGUAACGGUGAGGACGCAAGCCCUCAGCAACCAGCUGCAGAUGCUCCCACAUGUCCAGCUUGGAAUCCAGAUGACGUCACCCAGUUGCCUAACCCCAGUGACUGUAACAGCUUCUACAAGUGCGACGAGAACGGAGUUGCCUGGUUGAUCCCGUGUCCAGCGGGCCUGCAGUACAACGCUGAGCUGAGGAUGAGUGCUACUUGCAAGGGAGCUUCUGGGCCAUUUCCGAACCCAGACAGCUGCAGAAGCUUCCUACAAUGUGAGCCAUCAGGCGUUGCAACCGUCAUCCCAUGUCCAGCAAACCUCGAGUUCAAUCCAAAUCUGAAGGUGUGUGACUUCCCAGAGAGAGCUGGUUGCUCCUCAUCACCGUCUCCACCAGCUGACGACGACAAUGGAAAUGGUGGAGGAUCAGAUGAUAACGGAGGCGAUUCACCAGCUCCACCAUCUGGCGACGCCCCCACCUGUCCCCCGUGGAAUCCUAAUGACGUCACCCAGCUGCCAAAUCCGAAUGACUGCAGCAGCUUCUACAAGUGUGACGAGAACGGCGUUGCCUGGGUCAUCGAAUGCCCAGCCGGUCUCGAAUACAAUGCAGAGCUGAGAGUGUGUGACUACCCAGAAAAUGCUGGUUGCUCAACAUCUGCACCAAGCAAACCGUCUGAUGAUACACCUUCCGAGGGGGGUGAAAAUAAUGGAAAUUCUGACGGAGGUAAUGAUGUGAGUCCAAAUCCACCAGCUGGAGAUGCUCCUGCUUGUCCAACUUGGAAUCCAAACGACGUCACACAGUUGCCCAAUCCCAGUGACUGCAGCAGCUUCUACAAAUGCGACGAGAAUGGUGUGGCUUGGCUCAUACCAUGCCCAGCUGGACUCGAGUACAAUGCGAAGCUGAGGGUAUGCGACUACCCAGAGAGUGCUGGUUGCUCAUCGUCUACUGAUCCAAGUAACCCAUCUGGCGACGAUUCCUCUAAUGGCGGUCAGGACAAUGGAAGUGCUGACUCUGGUAACGGCGAAAGCCAACAGGAUCCUGCUGCAGAUGCUCCAGCAUGCCCACCUUGGAAUCCGGAUGACGUCACUCAGUUGCCUAACCCCAGCGACUGUAACAGCUUCUACAAGUGCGACGAGAACGGAGUUGCCUGGUUGAUACCAUGCCCAGCAGGCCUCCAAUACAACGCCGAGCUGAGAGUGUGUGAUUAUCCUGCAAGCGCUGGAUGUUCCGUCUAACGUGCCUAACCAUCCAUUAAGACAAUAUUUGUGGAAUCACCCAGUGU